AUGUCUCCCUUGGCCGUCUCCAACUUUCUCGAUUCCCUCCGCGGUCUACUUGGCGAGCUGGAGGAUGUGCAGGUACCCACAGUGGCAAUUGUAGAUGGGUAUGCCCUGGGAGGUGGAGCGGAGCUUGCUCUGGCAUCUGACUUGCGGGUCGGGGGCGAAAACUCAAAAAUGGCGUUGCCAGAGGCGAAACUGGGCAUCAUACCGGGGGCAGGCGGGACGCAGCGUCUGACGAGGCUAGUCGGUCCCUCAAAGGCCAAGGAGCUCAUCUUUACAGGCCGCCAUGUGAACGGUCCGGAAGCAGAACGUAUAGGUGAGUUGUAUGAUCAUGUGAGAGACGACACCGCUGACGUUUGUGUGGGCCUUCUUAACAUCUACGCCCAAUCGCCUUCGUCCGCAAGAGAAGCUUCUUUGAUCCUAGCCCGCCAGAUUUUGAGUUCCGCCCCCUUGGCUUUAGCGGCCGCCAAAAGUGCUGUCGAUGGCGCUACCGAUUCGUCUCUCGACGCUGGGCUCACAUUGGAGAGAGGGAUGUAUAAUGGCUUGUUGGAUACCUAUGAUAGACAAGAAGGAUUGAACGCAUUUGCAGAGAAGAGACGUGCCGUAUUUACCGGCCGCUGA